UUAAAAUGGCUGAACUAGAUAUUGGAAAGCAUUGUGAAAUUGAAUCUUGCAAACAACAAGACUUUCUGCCAUUCGUGUGCAGCAGCUGUUCUGGAGUGUUUUGUUUGGAACACAGAAGCCGGGACUCCCACUCUUGUCCAGAGGUGCUGGUGAAGAAAGAGAUUGGGUCUGGAGGAAGCACAUCGUAUCCAUGUACCUUUGAGGAUUGCAAAGGAAAAGAGCUGUUGCCUGUCAUCUGCCCACACUGUGAAAAACACUUCUGCCUCACACAUCGGCAUCAGGAUGACCAUAAGUGUGAGAAACUGGAGACUCCAAAGCCUCGCAUGGCUGCGACACAGGAGUUGGUGCAGAAGAUAGUGGACUCAAAGAAGAAUGCACCACCAAGUAAAGGCAGAAAAGGAGCAAAAAACGCUGCAACCGCUGCAAAGGUUGCUCUCAUGAAGCUUAAAAUGCAUGCGUCAGGAGAUAAAGGCCUGCCACAGGCAGAAAGGACGUAUUUUCAGGUGUUUCUGCCAAAAGAAGCUAAAGACCCUAGUUUGCCCAUGUUCUUCUGCUCUAAGUGGAGUGUUGGCAAAGUAGUGGACUUUGCUGCAUCUCAGGCCAAUCUGAAAAACAACAACAAUGUGCUCACAGCUAAGAAACUGCGUUUGUGUCAUCCCGAGACGGGUGAAGCCUUUAAGAUGGACGCUAGCCUCCAGUCACUUCUCUCCAAUACAGACUGUCCUCUGCACAAUGGAGGCAACGUCAUUCUGGAGUAUCUGGAUAAUGAGAGCUCUGGACUGGAUGAUGUGACAGCCUAUACAUCUUCCUCCUGAGAGAAAAUCUCGCAGAAUUUUAUAGUAAAAUAGUUUGAGGAAGUAGAAAACAAAGGCGGAUUAUACUAUGUCUAUUGUAAAAAUAUUCCACACAUGAUUUAUUAUUUUUAAUAAAUGAGUGAACGAUA